AUGGUGAAAUUGUUUGUAGGCAAUCUGCCUGCUGAGGCAACCCAGAGUGAGCUGAAAUCUCUGUUUGAACAGUUUGGCCGUGUAACAGAAUGUGACAUCAUUAAGAAUUAUGGCUUUGUCCACAUGGAAGAUAAGAAGUCAGCAGAUGAAGCUGUGCAUAAUCUUAACCACUACAAACUGCACGGGGUUGCCAUCAAUGUUGAGAACAGUAGAGGGAAGCCAAAGGCCUCUACCAAACUUCACGUUAGCAACCUUAGCAACAACUGUACCAGCGAUGAGUUGCGUGCUAAAUUUGAGUCCUAUGGGUCUGUCCUGGAAUGUGACAUUGUAAAGGAUUAUGCCUUUGUCCAUAUGGAAAGGGCAGAUGAAGCACUGGAUGCUAUAAGGAAUCUGGACAACACUGAAUUCAAAGGUGAAAUUAGGUUGAGGGGAGAUCUUGGGUAGCUUUUAGGUCGCAUAGAUGCUGUUUUUCAUCGAAAAUUAAUACAUCAAGUAAGCCCUGGCUUGGUUUUUAAGGGAUGCUCUUAAUAUAAGCCCUACCCUGAAAAUAAGCCCUAGUUGCUAGUUCGCUAAUCUAUGUUCAGGGAAUUUUAGAUUUGCGGGAUUCCAUGCUCUAAUGAACUAGUCUAAAAGCUAGCUGAGCAUCAUAGGAAAUGUAGUCCAGAAGCAAUUUAUAGUGUCAAGGAUAGCCAUCACUGGCCUAUUAACACUGCCAGCGGUGCUUCCUGUGUUGAUUCUGCAUAAUUAGCCUUCAGCGUUUCCAUGCUCUGCAUGGAGGCAUUGAAUGUUCCCUAUAGAUAUUCAGUACUUCUCUGUGAGGAAAUGCUUGUUGGCGAAGUGUAGCGUUUUGUGUAAUCGCUUCAAACACUGCCCUGGCCAAUAAGCAUUUCAUCGUAGUGAGAAUCCAUGCAUCUCUGAGGAAAGUUGUCUUCAUGCAGAGGGUGGAGACACUGAAUGGCAGUGCUGCUCACUCUGCAACACUGCCACAUGAAGCACCUCUAGAAGCCAUCUGAGGAGUUGUCGGUGGAGUUACCACUAGGCAAUAAUGCAAAAAUUGCCUUUUUUUUUCUGAGCCUCAGGGGAAUGAUUCUACUCACCAGAACAAAUACAAUAAGCUGUGUUUGGAGAGCCCUACAAGGUUACUAUUCGAAUAAAUAUGGUGGGAGGCCUAGUGUCUAAUUAGAGCCUCCACCUGCUGUAACUGGCUUAAGAAAGAUACAUUUCAUUUCAAAACAGGUUUAUGAAUGAGGAGUCUCUGAUUGGCUGAUAGCGUCGGCUUACCGCUCUCAGCCAGUCAGCGGCACUCCACACUUCCUAAAACAGAGGUGAAUUCCCCCUUGGGGACCAGAGGAUCAGUGCUGGAGGCUCACUUUGGGAUUUGAGAAUGGUUUAACCCCUUAAGGUAAGAGUUUGCCUGGGUUCUUCUGGCACCAUAACAACUUAAUUUAGAUAAAGUUAUGGUGUUCGGAGUGUUCCUUUAAGUGUGACCCUAAAACUGAAAGAAGGACUUGGACUAUAAUUGUCUAAUUUAUAUAACUCCUAAACAGAGCAAACCCUGCUUCUCUUGACAUUUCCAGUUUAAAAAAUAGAUUUGACAAAAAGUAUAAUUGACUAAUGAUUUGUCGGUCAGCUUGACUACAUCCUUCUUGCAUCUUUUGGACUUCUGUUUAUUUAUUAAAUCAGGAAAUGUGGAGAACAUACAAAUAAGGCCAAUGUAGCUGAAUAAGAAACGUUUCUAACUUGGCUGCUUUGGCCCUUUAUUAAAUUACUUUUGUCAGUUCUCCACAUUUCCAGUUUAGGCAAUAAAUCCAUAAAAUGCCAAAUAUAGGUGGGAAAUGGGACUAACUGGUCUUACAAAUAGGCUUGGGUAUUCAUAGCAGGCUUAUCCAUUCUGUUUAGAGCAAUUUCAAAAAGACACUUGUUAAUUGGCUCCUAAAGAAUACUCCUAAAUGCUAAAAUUUUAAUUCUAGUUGUUUGUAUAUUUCCCUUGCAACUGCAAGUCAAGAGAAGUCUCUGUUCAUGUACACAAUUUUUGUUACUUCUGUCUAUACUGGAGUUAGAGAAACAUUUACUUCACUUGAUGAUGCUGCAGGUAAGUAGCAAAGGAUUGGUAAGUAUUAAAAAAAAACAGCUCCACAGCACUGCUUUAGGUUCUACUGAGGAACUGUCAUUCACUUUUUGCUAAUGUAACUGUGCGGUUACAUUAAACUAACACCACAACAACCUUUGGUUUUCGUGUAUAGAUCAUGCUCCUGCAGCCUCACUAUUCUAUUCUCUGCCAUUUAGGCUUUAAAUUACUUUGUUUAUGCAGCACUAGCAACAUGUCACCUGAAUGUCUCACUGUACAUUUCUUGUAUAGAGGAAUCUGUUUAAUUUUAAAGUAAACAGACUGCAAUAAAGGCAGUUUUAAUAUAUACUGCUCUGUUUAUAGUCUGCUGUAGCCUCCAGUGUGUGGUUAAAGUUCAGGUAACAGAGCAGGAGAUAAAAAGCACAUCUAAAGUAAACAAACUGCUGUCAGAUCUGAUAGACAAUUAAAUGACCACUAUAGUGCCAGGAAAACAUACUCGUUUUCCUGGCACUAUAGUGCCCUGAGGGUGCCCCCACCCUCAGGGACCCCCUCCUGCCCGGCUCUGGAAAGGGGUUAAAACUUACCUUUUUCCAGCGCUGGGCGGAGAGUUCUCCUCCCCGUCGGCUGAAUGCGCACGUGCGGCAAGAGCUGCUCACGCAUUCAGCUGGUCACAUAGGAAAGCAUUCAUAAUGCUUUCCUACGGACGCUGGCGUGCUCUCACUGUGAAAAUCACAGUGAGAAGCACGCAAGCGCCUCUAGCGGCGGUCAAUGAGACCGCAGUUAGAGGAAAUAGGGGAAGGCUUAACCCAUUCAUAAACAUAGCAGUUUCUCUGAAACUGCUAUGUUUAUGAAAAAAUAGGCUAACCCUAGCUGGACCUGGCACCCAGACCACUUCAUUAAGCUGAAGUGGUCUGGGUGCCUAGAGUGGUCCUUUAAAGGAACACAGUAGCGUUAGGAAUACACACAUGUAUUCUUAAAACUAUAGGGAAUUUCUAAAAUGCUUAUGCCAAUCACAGUCUAUGAUUUACAUAGCAGAGUUUAACUGUCAGUGUAACAGCCACUAAAGGCAUUUUAGCCCUGCAAUGUAAACAUAACCGUUCCUGCAAAACACCAGUGUUUUAAGCAUGAAUUAAAUUAAAAGAAUUAGAAGAAGUGGUCUGGGUGACUAUAUUGUCAACAACUACAGCUUAAUUUGGUUGUUCUGGUGAGCAUAAUCGCUUCUUUAAGGCAUUUUCAUGCAAACUCAUCCUUUUUCAGAGAAAAUGCAGUGUUUUGCUUUGCCCCUGGGGACACCUCCAAGUGGCAACUGGAGUGGCUCAGGGCUGUACAGUAGGCAGCCCUGCCAUUCAGCAUCCCCACGCUCUGCAUGGGGUAGCUGAAUUUUCCUCAAAGAGAUGCAUUGAUUCAGUGCAUCUCUUUCAGGAGGUCCUGAAUUGGCCAAAAUGGCAUCUGGCCAUGCCCGUGCCGAUUUUAUCCAAUCCAAUGCUUAUAGAGAAAGCAUUGGAUUGGCUAAAAAUUGGCCGUUUUGAUGUCACACAGGGGGCGGGGCGGGGCCAGCACCUGCAGACCCACACGGGGAUGGAAAUAAGGUGAGUUUUAAAGGACCACUAUUGACACUCAGACCACUUCAGCUCAAUGAAGUUGUCUGUGUGCCAGGUCCAUCUAGGAUUAAUCCUGCCUGCUGUAAACAGCAGUUUAAGAGAAACUACUAUGUUUACAUAUGGGUAAUACCAGCCUCUAGUGGCUGUCUCAUUGACAGCCACUAGAAGCCCUUCCGCGCUUCGCAUUGUGAUUUUUCAGUGAGAAGACGCUAGCGUCCAUAGGAAAGCAUUGAGAAUGCUUUCCUAUGGACUGGCUGCAUGUGCAUUCAGCCGAUGACGACAGGAGGAGGAGGAGAGUCCCCAGCGCUGAGGGAGCCUGGUGCUGGAGAAUGGUGAGUGUUUAGCCCCCUUAAGCCCGGUGGGAGUGGGACCCUGGGGGGCGCAGCAAGCCUCCUAUAUGGUGGAUUAAACACUAUAGGGUCAGGAAUACAUGUUGGUGUUCCUGACUCUCUAGUGAUCCUUUAACCAUUUUAUUUUUAUUUUCUUCUGUUGGAUGUGAGCCACAGCCUCGAGAGGUGGUUAGAGUUGCAUAAACAGAAACACAAGUGAUAUAACUCCUACAUGCACGAUAAUUGAUCAGUGAAACUGCAGGGACUUUUUAUAUUCACUAAACCUGCUUUAAGAUAGUUGUUUUGGUGUUUAGAGUGACCCUAUAGGCAUCCAGACCACUUCAGCUCAUUGAAGUGGUCUGGGUACAGUGUCCUUAUUGCACUUGGUGCUGCAAUGUAAAACAUUAGAGCUGUUUUUUAGAGAAAAUUUAAUGUUUACAUUACAGCACCAAGAGAGCCUCUAGUGGCUGUCUACUAGACAAACCUCAGUUCCUGAAUUUUGUGAAAGUGCUUUUCUGAAAGGGGAAGCAAAAACUAUUUUCAAAGUUAAUUUUCUGUUUAACUUUAAAGGAACACUGUAAGAUCAGGAAUAUGUAUUCCUGACCCUAUGGUGUUAAAAACACUAUUUAGGCCCCUCACUUACUCCCUUGCCUACCUUAAAUAUAAAAUGUACCUUUAUUUUCAGCGCCGCACGGGUCUGCUAGAGCUAUUCAGCAUUGAAAUUCUAGGUACGUCAUUGGAUAGACAGUGUAUAAAUUAGCGAGAUGGUAACACUUAUGACAUGCUUAAACUAAAUGCUAAUUAUUGAGGUGUAGAUGGUGAAUUUGUGGAAUUCGUGUUAUUCUUUGAGUAUUUGCUAUUUGUGAUAAUCACAGUGAGAGUGGAGAUACUCUCUUGAAUCACUACCAACUCUUGUCGCGUGUGCUCUUUUGAAGGCAAAAGGAUGCAUGUUCAGCUCUCCACAAGCCGUCUGCGUGUAACACCAGGAAUGGGAGACCGAAGCCGAUGCUACCGUUGCGGGAAGGAGGGCCACUGGUCUAAAGAGUGCCCCUUAGAUCAAAUGGCCCAGGAGCUGGAGCAGCCGCCACCAGCCUAUCCCCAUGAUCCAUACCCAGAUCCUUAUGCCCCUGUGCGCAGUAUGUCGGCUUCUGCCUACAGCUCAACUUAUGCAGAGCGUGUUUUCUAUGACGAACGGGAGCGUUGCAACAUCAUCGACUACUAUCAGCGUUACCGCGUACGGCCCUCCUCCUACGAUCCGUACUUGGAACGUCGCCUGGCUUCUCUUCCCCCUCCACCACCAACAGUUUCCAACGUAUACAGGGAUCGAAUUGAGGCAUUCCCAUAUGAGAGGCAUCUGCUGCCCCCUCCACCCCCUCUCUCCAGCUCAUAUUACACACGAGAGAGAAGCCCUUUACGUCGCUCCUCCUCCACCUCCUCCAGCAUGGACGGAUAUCGAUCGGAGCGCCGACUCUCCCCCGUGUUGCGAAGUUCUCUCUACGACAUCUCACGCUACAGUCGGGAAUCCUACUCUGACCGGCCGCGGUAUUACUAA